UCACCAUCCUUGGCUCUGUAAAGUAAUACUGACCUCUUGUUCCAGAAAACUGGCGUGUCUGGAGCCAGCAUUCAUUGGAUCUGAUUUAGAGACUGAAGCAAUCAGAAACACAGGCUCCAUCUUUUGUCCAUGUGGAGAGGGGGAGAGAGAGAAAUGACAGAACAGGCGAGGCACGAGGUGCAGUGUGUGGCACGAGGGCAGUGCAGAUUGGGAGCAGAUCCACGCUGUGCCACAGCAGCUGCAUCACAGCCCUGUGCCGAGCACUGGGACACGCAGCCAGAGCCAGCUGACAGCAUCUCUGCUCUUUGCUCCUCAGGGUGCCCAGCAGCCACAUACCGUGCAGUGUGUGCUGCCAGCCUGCCAGCCUGCUCGUGUUUCUCACCUGUCCCCAGGACCAGGGAAAUGCAGUGCUCUGAAGCGUUGCUGAGGUGGAGCGGGAGGCUGCAAAAACAAGCACUGCCAAGGAAUCAUCUGACUGUGUCUAAAGGUCAGGCAAAGGCACUUCCUGUAUUUUUUCAGACCCACGGUGGUCCUCAGAGAUAGCUUGAUCUUUCUGCAGAUUUGAUAAACCCUUGGAAAUACAUAACUGCACAAGCACACCAUUUCCUUCCUCCACACACAGCCUUUUGUUGCUAAGUUUCUGCUACAAUGGCUUUCACCAGCUUGAUUAGCAGCAGCUCUGAAAAAGAGCCGUGUUAAGCGGUUGUUCAGCCACCACAGAGCUGUUCCUUUGUGUAUUCAGCCAUACUUGCUCAACUGAGUCAUAAGAGUGAAUGUUUUGUUGCUUAUCUCUAUUGUUUUCCACUUCAGCUCAAUUCGCAUUCAUCAGUAGAAAUAUCAAGUGCUUUCUUCUAAUACAACGUACCUGCCCAGCUGAAAGCAAUGGGAAAACCGAAGACUGAGUUUGCACCAAAAAAACCUAAGGGCAGAAUGUGGAGGCUAUCAGAGUGUAACAGUGCCUUUGCCGGCAGCAUUUGGCCAGCAGCAUCCUUAGUAAAAAAGAAACAGGCUUCUGAAAACGGCCAUUGGAGCAGCAUCUUUCUGACUGCUCAACUUGCAGCACCUUAAAGGAGCUCAGCUUGAGAGAUGCCCACAGCUCAGCUCCUUUUGGUCUCUUCUCAUCCCCUGUGGCUGAUACAAUCUUUGCUGGCAUUUGCUCCUAUUUAGAAUUAGGCAGAGUUCGCUGCCCACUGCAGGCUGCAUUCUCAUAAAAGAGAGAGAUCUUACGAAGAGAUCUGGGAGCUCAAAGAUCUCACACCAGUGCCAGGCUGACAGUGGUGGGAUUCCAGCCGGGCACCUGUCAGCAUUUUCAUAAGAUCCGAAUAGUUUGCAAUGCUCAGGUGGAGAACAAAGGAUAAGAAAGGGAGCGCCGUGAUCCGUGCGCAUCCCCGGCCAGCAGGCUGAGCGCCGUGCUGAGCUCGAGGGACGAUAGCAGGGAAUCUCCCCUCCAGCACCAACAGGGGCAGAAUAAACCAGGGAUGCGAUGGCACCGAAAGCACUUUCUGCUUUUCCCGGGAGGACACGGCCGAUGGAAUUCAAUAUUUCGGGCUUCGAUCAGAAAGUUUACAAAACAGAGGGUUGGAAUCGCACGACCAUAAGGCAACCGGACGGCAGAAACUCUGCACGGAACUUCAAAACCCAGAGCCAGGCAGGAAGCACCGCUCCCAGGGAAAUCGGCGCUCGAAGCUGCGGAGCUGCAGCGGUGCGGAGCCGCGCUCAGGUCUCGCGCCUCGGGAGCGCGCAGCAGCGCAGCACGAGGCGGAGGGGCCGCGCGAGAGCGGCUCGAGGCCGCCACCGAGGGGAGGAACCGUUAACGGUCGUCUCCGCUCCGUGGGAGCGGCCGCGCACGGCCGGCUGCCGUCCGGUGAGAGCCCGCCGAGCGCCCGCUGCCCUCGGGUGCCCCGAGCAGCUGCCGAGUGGGAUUGGCAAUGUCAAGUCUCAGUCAUCAGUACGGUGCCCUGCAAAGGCUUUGUGCAAAAGCCCUGAGGGCUGAGAGGCAGCUGACAGCCAUUAUCCAAGGCCAAGAGCACCUGGGGACACCACGAUGGUUCUGAUCCCAUUUGGGCAUCUCAUCUCAAGGAACUGAGCAUUCUGCUCUGCCAUGAUUUCAUCUCUGUCAGAGGCCCUAUGGGCCCUGGGAGCAGUGAAGCACAGCUGCUGGAGCUGGAGAUCACCCCCAGCAAAACCAGAAUAUUGCACCAAAGUGAAAUCUGUGUCCACGCGCUCCAGCCCAGCCAUGGCCAGAGAUUCUAGGAUCUUCAUGAACCAGGACAUGGACAUCGGAGUUGCAUCCAGAGAGCCUAAGAAGAUUCCCAAGCAGGCUCGGGAUGACGUCCCCAUCGCCACUGACAGAACCAGGCUCAUAACAGCAGAAGGUAAGAAGCCACGGCAGCGAUACAUGGAGAAAAGUGGCAAGUGCAAUGUGCACCAUGGGAACGUCCAAGAAACCUACCGAUACCUGAGCGACCUCUUCACUACUCUGGUGGACCUCAAAUGGCGUUUUAAUCUUCUUGUCUUCACUAUGGUCUAUACCAUCACUUGGUUGUUUUUUGGGUUCAUAUGGUGGCUCAUUGCCUAUAUCCGGGGAGACCUGGACCAUCUUGAAGAUGAAAACUGGAUCCCUUGCGUUGAAAAUCUCAGUGGAUUUGUUUCUGCGUUUCUCUUUUCUAUUGAAACUGAGACUACAAUUGGGUAUGGCUACAGGGUUAUAACGGAGAAGUGCCCAGAGGGCAUUGUGCUGCUCCUGAUCCAGGCUAUUCUGGGUUCCAUAGUCAACGCGUUCAUGGUGGGAUGCAUGUUUGUCAAGAUCAGCCAACCAAAGAAGAGAGCUGAAACCCUCAUGUUUUCUAACAAUGCAGUGAUUUCCAUGAGGGAUGAGAAGCUCUGUCUCAUGUUCCGUGUUGGAGACCUCCGCAAUUCCCACAUUGUCGAGGCUUCCAUCAGAGCCAAACUGAUUAAGUCCAAACAGACCAAAGAGGGAGAGUUCAUCCCCUUGAACCAAACAGAUAUCAAUGUGGGAUUUGACACUGGAGAUGACAGAUUGUUCCUGGUGUCGCCUCUUAUCAUCUCACAUGAAAUCAAUGAGAAAAGCCCCUUCUGGGAGAUGUCCCGCACCCAGCUGGAGAAGGAAGAGUUUGAGAUUGUGGUCAUUCUGGAAGGGAUGGUGGAAGCAACAGGGAUGACUUGCCAAGCUCGCAGCUCCUACAUGGACACAGAGGUGCUGUGGGGACAUCGCUUCACUCCUGUCCUCACCCUGGAGAAGGAUUUUUACGAAGUUGAUUACAACAGCUUCCACAGCACUUAUGAAACCAACACUCCUGUGUGCUGUGCCAAAGAGCUGGCCCAGUCCCGCCGGGAAGGCCAACUCCUCAGCAGCAUCUCCAGUGCCACUGUCCUGGGUGGAGGCAGAGAAGCAGAGACGGCGAAAGGGGAGGAAGAGGAAGAGGAAGAAGACAGGGAGCCAGCAGCAUUCAGUGGAGCCAAUGGGACAGCGGGAGAGGUGAAAGAAGAUCUGCCUGUAUAACACGUGAGCUGCUGGGCAGUCAAAACCCACACACACAGCAAGUGAGGAAUUGACUGGGAGUCAGAGACCUGAGGUUUAUAUCCAGAUCUCUUUCCUGCUGCUUGAUCCUGGCGAGUCACUGCACAGCACCGUGCCUCUGUUUCCCUUCCCUUUUAACUGUACGGCGAGGUCCUGAGCUUUGAACUCAUUUGCAAAGCAUUUGGAUCUCUGUGGACAAGGCUCACUAAAUACAAUCACGGUUAAAAUUGAAAUCCCCACCAGUAGUUGUUUCAAAAGAUGUUCAUUGGACAUUCAAAACAUUUCCCCUUGCAAGGGUAUUUACAAAGGUAAAGAUCUAGAAGCUCCCAUCUCAGUAUGAAGAAUGUGUUUUCAUGCCUUCACUUAACUUGUGAGUGUAUGUGUUGUAGAUAUUGUUACUGCUUAAUUAAAAGAAGACCAAAAAACCUCUCCUGUACAUCGUGGAGUUUUUGUUUUGUG